UAACACUGGGUAAUGGAACACCGUUUUAAAAGAAGAAAAUUUACUUAGAUCAUUUGUAGUGUGUUAUUCGAUGCUUCGGUCAGCGCAUUAAGUGAACACACAAGUCGAUAAACAGCGUUCACGAUUCGGACGCUUGUGGACACACGCUCAAAAACCAGUUGUGCAUCGACCGAAAGCAAAUUGUUGAAACAUCCGAGAAGGCUCCAAAUUGUACACAUUAUCAUUCCUCGUUCCUUCGUUGAAAUCGUUCGCGUUGAAAGCUAGUGCCCGAAGAUAUGCUAGAAAUUGCUUGCAAUACAAUCCACGGAUCAUUUGUUGACGGAAGAAACUCAAAAGUUUCUUUGUCGCACGUUCUUACUUUUAGCAGCGGGCAACGAUAAGUAUAGGAGCAUUUCGGUGGCGGUACAUGCCGUAAAGAGCAGCGGCAGCGUAGAGGCCAACCGUUACUAAACUGGCGACAAGCACAUUGUAGGAAACGAUAGAAUGGCCUACGCUCCGAACGAAAGCGAUGGUUUGUGGAAACAGAUACUGGAGCACCACUGGAAGUACGUGGAAUCGGAAGAAUCAAUGCAAAAGAUAGAGCUACGACGCGACCUAGAAGAAUUGAUCGAAAAACGCCUAGGAAAGGUGCCCCCAAGUGAAAAGUUUUAUCUGGAUGAUACGAGAUAUGUUUUCGACAGCUCCGUGGCACAUUUAGAUGACUUUUCCGCCUACAAAGCAUCGAUAGGAUUUGAGGCAAUCAGUCAGUAUGCGAACAAUUUGUUCGUCAAACCGUGGCGAAAGGAGUACAAAGUGAUCAAGAUGUAUUCUGGAUUCUACCAGCAUGAAAUUGCGGCCAAUUUGGUGAAUGCAGAAAAACUUUUCCAAGCCAUGGGGUACCAGCUGAUGCCGAACAAAACACUCAUUUUGGAGGGCCCGAUCUGUCCGGAUCAGGUGAUGAACGUUGCUCGUGACGCCAUCACGGCGUAUGUGGAGUGUCAGAUAAUGAAGCGAAUUUACUGUGACCUGACGUCACUACGAUUGUCCGUGGACUGGAUUGAUAUUUAUAACUUUCGAUGCUAUCAUACCGCGGACGCAAUGCAAAUGGUGAAGCAGAUGACUGUAUUCAUACAAGAAAAACACCACAAAAAACAACAGUCCAAACUGAGAGACGCGUACGGCAGUAGUAGCGCCGCUUUACCACCCGCUAGUAGCUGCAGCUCAUGCAAUCCGUAUCAGUUCCAAGUGCAACAAAGCCAUCAGCAACCACCGGCACCGCCACCACCACCGGCCUCUUUCUGUGGUGGCGGCAGUGGUGGUGGCAGUGCAAACGGUGUGGUUGCCGGCAGUAGUCAGCUGUACAGCAGUGUCGCUGUUGCAACACCCUGUAGUAUUCAUAGCCAACAGCAUCACCAGCAGCAGCAGCCGCCGCAGCAGCAACAAACGCCAGCAAACGCAUUCAGUGGCCCGUACCACAAUCCACAUCAUCAUCCCCAUCAUAUGCCGCAUCAUCAUCUUCAUCACAGUAGUUACGGCAGUUUCCAGCCUCCGGCUAUCGGCACGAUGCCCCACUCGAAGUCGUUGGACCACUAUCAGGACGCGAAUAGUGCGGCAGCGGCGGCGGCGGCGGCCGCCGCAAUGUACGGCAUGAACGGCGUCUAUAUGCAGCGCCAUUCGAUCGACCAACCGUAUCACUACACGCCCGCAACGGGACCGUACGCUGCCGCUGCCCAUGCCGCUCCGAUGCCUUUCGAUGGACCGAUCGAUGGGAUGCUUUCGUGUGGUGGUGUUGGUGGUGGUGGAGGUGGAACUGGAGGAGGUAACGGGUCUCUAAGCUGCAGUAACAAUCACCCUUACAAUGUUGCAGGCCCACGUUAUCCUCCCGCUCUGCCAUACAGCAACUAUGCUCCUCUGGGACCGAUGGGAUCGACUUACAUGAAUGGAGCGGGAGUGACGAAGCUUCCGAAUGGCGGACCACUCGACGGGUGCUAUCGGCAUCCUCCGAUGAAUGGUUACAUUGGUGGGUCGGGCUACCCGCCAUACCGAGGCUCCAGCAACAGUAUGCCAUUUCCGAACCCUCAUUGUCAACCGGUGUCGGAAGCAUCAAUACCGUACGGUGGAAGCAAGCACGGUUACGAUUCGGCUGUAGCUCCGGUCGGACCGGCGUACCCUCCUCAGCCUAGCUCUAUACUAAGUAACCGUAAGAAAGUGUACGACGACUACGAUGUGCCCAGUUCCUCCAUCGCAGGGCGACGAGUGACUGAACCGAAGAUCGGCGGUGGCGCUAAAAAGCUGGAAAGAUAUCACAAGAACGCGGAACUCCUAAUAGAUUACGAGAGCGACAUGUUGCCGGAAGCACUGGUCGAAAGGAAUCAGCAACAGCAGCAGCAGCAGCAGCAGCAGCAGCAGCAGCAGCAGCAUCACCAUCAUUAUUUGCAUCAUCAAACAUCGCGGAACUCGCGCCAAUCGGACUUUGAUAGCUACGAGGACGAACAGCAGGAGAGUAACGUUAGUAGACGAAUUUCGAACAAAAACCAGGACGGUAUCGGGUGCUACGAAACGUGGAACUACGUUUAUCAGAACCUAGAGAAGCAAGGCUACAAUAAGGAUUUGGGCGAACGUGGUGACUUCCUGGCCGGCGAAGCAGACAGCGCUGAGGACGAAAGUGGCGGUGGGAUGGCGCGAGAACGACGUCGAGAGACUGGCGGUAGUCAGAUGAAUGCUGGAACCUCGUCGACCGCUACACUGCGCCGUAGCCACAAUGAGAAGCUAAAAGCUAUGAAAGCAAAAGCCGCCGACAAAGUGGAUGGCAUCGUCCGAAUCAGUGCGCAGCAUCACGCCACUAGUGCUGGUUUGGUGCAGAAAAUGGCCAAAACAACGCUCUCACAACGGACUACGGACUAUGGAGGUGGCGGGGGCGCCCUCGACGAUGCUGUACCACCGGAGCAAAGUAACGGUAGUGGCCGAGUUGUGGGAUCGAAGAGACAGUCCACCGGUGGGACCAACGGCACUGGUGGGAUGAUCGGAGUGACGGCCGCGAACAAAGAAAACAAUAAUCAAUCUCCCACGGUAACUGUCGGUGGAAUAUUGGUCAACCAUCAUCACCACCACACGGGUAAUAAUGGUGCGCCGACCGCAGGCGGUAGUGGGAAAAAGAAAACGGCCACCUUCGAUACGGGUGCGGCUACGAUCAUUAAUCAGUCAGCGGCCAGCACCGCAGCAUCUGUGGCUGCGCCGAGUGGAGAAUGGAAUUGCAAUUUCUGUACCUUCCUGAACCCGGAUGUGAAACGCAUCUGUGAUAUGUGCUCCAAGAGCCGCGAUUUUCGGCUCGACGGAGCAGCCACAACUAGCAAUGGAAGUGCGACGGUCUCUGCGGCGGCCACCUGUGUUUAAGCAGACUUUUGGACGAAGAGAACGGACUGGUUCCUUGUGAGUGUUACAAGCCUCAAUCUUUUAACCGUUUUUUGCUGUUACUCUGGUCAGUGUUUGAUUGAGAAUUGCCUUUGUUUUGUUUUUCACUUUCUAGACCCAGAAAAUCUUAAUGUUUUUAAAUGAGCUCGAUUGUAAUCACUAUUUUCGAUCAAAUUUCGGCCAUUUAUCAUUCUCUCCGGUAUGAUGGAGGAGCGCCGUUUAAGUAUAGGAAUGUGUGGGACAUUACUAACCACUGUUGAACUGUUUAGUGCACUGCUGGAAUGGGAUUUUUCGCCCCGAAGAAAAACGAGCCGAUAAAAUAAAUCUAAUAAAUUAUCCGCACAGAAGCUUGGAAUAUAAUUUGUGUGCAACAUCCUACCCCGAGCCAAACAGUAUACGGUGAGGUCAAACAAGAUGGAGGGGCGAGUCCAUAUUCUGUUAUCAAAUGAGAAAUGGGAAACUCAGCUAACCCACGUUUAUUCGCAGAAACAUCAUCAACUCUAGUACCGGGAAACCAGUUGGUUUACCAAAAAGCCCAACCCGAUUUGGUGUAUUUGGACAAAACUGAAGCAAACUAGUAUGUGUAUAUUUGCAAGAGAACCAAAAACAUCAAAAUGAGAUGCAGUUAAGAAUUCGACAAUCGUUAGGCGUUCAUCUUUUGGAAUGGUGGAAUUUAUUACGAUGGGAAUGCUGGUAAUCAAGUCUUUUUGGGAAAAAUUUUUUUUUCAUUUGUUCCGUUACUGGUUCCGGAGUCCGCAGGUUGUGCGAUAGCGAUGGUGUAUCUAAAAGAGGAAAAUGAUUGAAUGGAAGAGAAUUUAAGUUCAUAACAAACGAAAAACCCCAACAGAAUGUGAAAGCAGUGGAAAUAGAAAACAAUCGAAAUUGCUACCCAUUUCCAGAUAGGUAAAUAGUAGAAUAUUACGUGAACACAAACUAACUUUAUAACAUACGAUUACGGCCGAAAGGGAAGACAGGCCGAACUAUAGUUUUCUAAUUUAUCCAUACUGCAAUAUAAUGAUCUACCUGAGUCCAGCUGGUGUGGCCGGACGGUCAGGAAGAUAUUGGAUUGUCGACAAUGAGGGUUAGGAGUAUGGCUCCAAAACGAUGCUAGUCAUAUAAGAAACAGGGACAGUCCCACACCACAGGUGAGAGCCCCACGAAACUGGAAACUGAAUGAAGUAUUUAAAAAAGACCGAACGUGUGAGCCAUCGUAAACAACGGAGGAAACGAAAAUGGAAGGAAGACCGCAGGGACACAUAACCGCGAUCGUGUUUCAAAUCGAUCGUUAUACAUUAUUCUAAUUAAUUAUGUAUCAAUCUAUUUUUUUAGCUUUACGUAAAUGUUGAACAAUUGUAAUUGGAAUGAUAUUUACCAUAUAGUGUAGCAAUGGAAGCUGGAAGCACAUGGAAAACAGCACACCCUACCGAGCACGGAGACAGGGAUAUAUCGAUUCGUAUCAGUUGAUCGACAAAGACAGAAAGUGCUAUGAAGGAAGUGCAAUGGAUUGGUCACAGACGAGUUGCAUCGACUUCUUAUACUACAUUUUGUAGCCAAUUUCUAAACGAACCGAUGGCAGCCAAAAGCAAACCAAAUUUCACACUAAAGCAACACUGAAACUAAAACCGAGGACAAACAGGAACCUAGGAAGUGCUAGUUUUCUAGUGAAAAGACAGUAAAAAGUAAAAAGAUUGAAGCGGCGAGCAAUCUGGAGAGCUGGAUACAGAGUGAGCAUUGAAAAGAAUGAUAAACGAUAAACUUGUUUCGCAUAUUAUAGAUUUUAAUAAAAAAAGGAUCCAU